GACGGGUCCCAAGGCACGGCGCGAAUUGUGACGCAAGCGUCCGGCGUGCUCCGUGCGCAAGCGCCUUCGGCGGAGAUUAGGUGGUUUCCGGUUCCGCCGUCCUCUUUUUCUUCAGCGAGGCGGCUGAGCUGGUUGGUGGCGGCUGUCGUGCGGCAGACGCAAACAUGCAGAUCUUUGUGAAGACCCUCACGGGCAAAACCAUCACCCUUGAGGUCGAGCCCAGUGACACCAUUGAGAAUGUCAAAGCCAAAAUUCAAGACAAGGAGGGUAUCCCACCUGACCAGCAGCGUCUGAUAUUUGCCGGCAAACAGCUGGAAGAUGGCCGCACUCUCUCAGACUACAACAUCCAGAAAGAGUCCACCCUACACCUGGUGUUGCGCCUGAGAGGUGGCAUUAUUGAGCCUUCUCUCCGCCAGCUUGCCCAGAAAUACAACUGCGACAAGAUGAUCUGCCGCAAGUGCUAUGCUCGCCUUCACCCUCGUGCUGUCAACUGCCGCAAGAAGAAGUGUGGCCACACCAACAACCUGCGCCCCAAGAAGAAGGUCAAAUAAGGCUCUUCUUUCCUUGAAGGGCAACCUCCUGCCCAGGCCCCGUGGCCCUGGAGCCUCAAUAAAGUGUCCCUUUCGUUGACUGGAGCAGCAA